UUUUAACCCAAACACUCCUACCUCUUCACUGACUGUCGUCUCCUACCCUUCCCUAGUUUUUUCUCUCUUCAUCAUCUUUCUCACCAACCCAACAACUCUCAUUUCUGCUUCUGUUCCGCUCCUUGAAAGUCUACACAAGCUGCCCAUCAUGAAGGGUGCUAUGCUGAGCGCCAUGCUCUUUGGCGCCUCCGCCCAGGCGGCUGGAGUCCACAAGAUGAAGAUCCAGAAGAUCCCCUUGGAGGAGCAGAUGAAGGCGUUCCCCUUGCAGCAGCAGGCGAAGUGGCUCGAGCAGAAGUACUCGGGAGACUGGAACCCUUUCUCCUCGCAGCAGCAGCAGCAGCCCAUCAGCAUCGAAAAGGGACACCAGGUUCCUAUUGAGAACUACCUGAAUGCUCAGUACUUCUCAGAAAUCAGCGUCGGGUCUCCUCCCCAGACCUUCAAGGUCAUCCUCGACACCGGCAGCUCCAACCUCUGGGUUCCGUCCUCCAAGUGCGGUUCCAUAGCAUGCUACCUCCACAACAAGUACGAGUCCUCCUCGUCCUCGACAUACAAGAAGAACGGCUCUUCGUUCGAGAUUCAGUAUGGCUCUGGUAGCAUGAAGGGCUUUGUCUCCCAGGACACCCUGACGAUUGGAGACAUUACUGUCAAGAACCAAGACUUUGCCGAGGCUACCGAGGAGCCCGGGCUGGCCUUUGCCUUCGGCAAGUUCGACGGAAUCUUGGGCAUGGGAUACGACACCAUCUCCGUCAACAAGAUCGUGCCCCCCGUCUAUAACAUGAUCGACCAGAAGCUCAUCGACGAGCCCGUCUUCGCCUUCUACCUCAGCAGCGACGGAGAUGGUUCUGAGGUCGUCUUCGGCGGCUCGGACAAGGCCCACUACACGGGCAAGAUCGUUAACAUUCCCGUCCGUCGCAAGGCCUACUGGGAGGUCGACCUUGACGGCAUUACUAUCGACGGCGAGACUGCCUCCUUCGAGGACUCUGGUAUCAUCCUGGACACCGGCACUUCCCUGAUUGCUCUGACAACCGACAUCGCGGAAAUGCUGAACGCCCAGAUCGGUGCAAAGAAGGGUUACAGCGGAACCUACACCCUGGAGUGCAACACCCGCGACAGCCUGCCAGACAUCACCUUUGGUCUUGCCGGCUACAACUUCACCAUUGGCCCUUACGACUACACCAUUGAGUCCGGCGGUUCCUGCAUCUCUGCUUUCAUGGGCCUGAACCUGCCUGCUGGUCUGCAGGGUAUUCUUGGUGACGCGUUCCUCCGCCGGUGGUACAGCAUCUACGACAUUGGCAACAAUCAGGUCGGCAUCGCUGCGGCCAAGUAAAGAUUGGGGUUCCAUAUUGCAGUGGGCGGCUCCAACGAGCAUCUGUAAGAACACAAUAGUCUUUUGAGACAAACAUUUCGGAAAGCCUCACUCGGUCUCUUUUCCAACACUAAUAAGGUCUUAUUAAGAGGUGCUCUACCUCAACAACUCCCCAAUUCAUGGGUUUUCCUUUUGGUUUUGUUUCUGGUGGCAACAGAAUGUGUAAGGUAGUUUAGGAUUGCAUUGGUCGCAUAGGUGACAUAGCACAGACACGAAGGCUCGACAAGGCUUUUCAGUCCUCUCACCCAUCUCACAUACCUGAGUUGAGGUGAUGUAGAAGAAGUUAGCUAGAGCAAUUGACAUCGGGGUUUUUUCUUUU